UCUCGCUUUCUUUUCCCUAGUCAGUACUAGAAAUGGGUCUGUAAUCAGCUAGGGAGAUUGUGAUUAAUUAAAUAAUUGCAUAUAAAGAGAAUUUGAAGCCAAUAUAGCUAGGUAACUUGUUCGAAUAGUUAUACACCCAGUGUGGUCCUUUGAAACAUCUAUUUAUACUCUGUUCGGAUGUUCAAAGAUACCUUUGUUAAAUUAGAAAAUGAAGCUCAUGUUUUCCGUAUUUAUUUCCUUUACAGAAGCCUUCGGUCGCAGAGAAUUAUUAUUCAUAUAAAUUUGGUGACUGCUGUUUUGCUUGCUCAAGUCUUAUUCCUUGUGGCAGCUUUUGGAGUGAAACCACAGACAUCACAGGUUGCUUGUUACGCAGUCGCAGUUGGGCUCUUUUUCUUUUUCCUAUGUGUUUUUUCGUGGAUGCUCGCUGAAGGAAUCCAUAUUUACUUCAUGGUGGUCAGAGUCUUUGAGUCAGGAAGAGGAAGGAAUCUAUAUUACACGUGUAUAGGAUGGGGUUUCCCAUUCACCGUAACUGUAAUCGUCGUUGCCAUUUUUCAAAAGAGGCUUCUUUCAAAGGAAAUUUGCUGGUUGUCAGUGGAGACAGGAGCUAUUUGGAGCUUUGUUGGUCCAGCCAUCUUUGUCAUGACGAUUAAUUUGGGCAUACUCACAAUGGUAAUGAGAGUAACCUCAAAAAUGUUAAAUGAAGAAUCGCCAUCUAAUGCUAGGUCUUUGGCAAAAGCUUUUGUCACUCUUCUUCCAAUUCUGGGUCUGACGUGGGUAUUUGGACUUCUUGCUGUUAACAACAACUCUGUGGUAUUUGAGUAUCUUUUUGCCAUAUUCAAUUCCUUACAGGUAAGUUGUCUUCUUACGUUACACAGGAGUUGAAGUACCCUUGUUUUUUCACGUGGUUUUAUCCACAUCAUUUUCAACUAGACUAAUUGGUUUACUUUGUUGUUGUUGUUUUCUGAGGCUUUAUAGCUAC